AUGGCCGCCUACUUCCCGGUCAUGAUGGGUCUCCAAGCUCUCAACUGGCUCGAAGCGCUCCCUGCCGACUCCAUCAACAGCUGGCAGGAUCUCUGCAAUGCUUUUGUCCAGCACUACCAGGCAUCCUGCAUGGGUCCCAAAACCAGAUGGGAUCUGGCCAGCGUCAAGGACGUCAUCCACUACUUCAACGAAGGCUUCCACAACAUCGAACUGUGGAGGAAGAUGUUCGAGACCAACCCCAAGACCGUGGGCGACAUGAUGACGGUCGUCAACACGCACGCCGACAUGGAAAAAGCCGAGCGGGCCUACCACCGGCACAAGAACGACUACUCCGAGCGUCCCCCUCAGCGGGAUAACCGCUCAGAACGCUACUGCGAUGGUCGCCCACCUUGCCACGGGAAGAAGCACGACCGCACCGAGUCGUCCAAGAACCGAGACUGCAAGCAUGGCCCCGAGAACACCAUCGCCAUCGCCGAAAGGUCCCAGUUCCGCUCAACCCUCAACCAAGCGGACCUGGAUCGGCUCCUGGAUGGCAAGUGUCCUUGGCACAAGGACGCAAACCACACAUCCCAGGAGUGCCGAGCACUUUCCAACGGCGUCAACAAGGACGAAGACCCCAAGCGACCCCGCUGCGACGACCACAAUAGGCCGGGUGGUUCCAGAACUACCCAGGCACGCCCACGGAGGCGCAACUCGCCCAGGCGAGAUGACGACGAGCAGAGGGAAGAUUCCCCAGGGAACUUCCAGGAAGAAGACAGGGUCGUCAACUACAUAUACGGCAAGCCAUCAUGCUGGCGUAAACUCAAGCUGGAUGAUCGCGAAGUCAACUUGGUGUUCAAACACCCGGUUGAACCCCUCCGGUGGUCGGAAAUGCCGAUCACCUUCGACCGCCGCGACCACUGGGUCCACCUACCCAGGCCGAGUGCCUACCCCCUCGUGGUUAGCCCGGUGGUGAGCCAGAUCUGCCUGGCCAAAGUACUCAUCGAUGGUGGUAGCGCCCUCGACAUCAUCUUCGCCAGCACGUUGCAGAGCAUGGGCUACGACAUGACAUCCCUGGUCCCAUCCGACCAGGACUUCUAUGGCAUCAUCCCUGGAGCCGGGUCGACUCCGAUCAGCCGGGCCAUCCUACCGGUCACCUUCGGCACCCACGACAACUACCAUACCGAGUACGUCAACUUCGAGGUCGCCGAGUUCGAGACUUCCUACCACACCAUCUUGGAAAGACCCUCCCUCACCAAGUUCAUGGCAUUCCCAAACCACACGUAUCUUCUCCUGAAGAUGCCAUCUCCAAAAGGGGUCCUCUCGGUCUAUGGAGAUCUACAGACCUCCUAUGCGUGUGAGGCCAAGAACAUCGAGCUCUCUGACACCCUGGAACGAUCCAGGAACUCGGUUCUUGUUGCCCAGGCAGCACAGAGCCUCCCGGUGGACCAGCAGCACAUUCCUGCCAAGGAGUCGACUUUCGAGUCGCAGCUCGCGCCAGUUGUGGCAACCAAGACCAUCGUCCUCCGGGACGAUGAACCGCACAAGACUGCCGUGAUCGGGGCCAGCCUUGACUCGGCGUAG